CCUUUAUAAUCACUGGAAAGCUGCAUCCAUCUUCGACCAUCUGAUUCUCCUCUGUUUUGUAUUCUUCUUCUUUGUUCUGCUUUCUAGUCAUGGAGCUCUCUUUCAGACACCAACCUGCAAAACCACUUGAGCUCUUCCGAAAAUCCGACGUUCCGAACGCCGAAUCCAAAUUCCGUUUAAUACCCAUUUCCAAUUCGAGAGGAAUGAAUGGGAGGAAGCCGAAUCUGUCGAUCUCCGCGGCCCGGAAGGCGAUCGACGGCCUCAACGAUGAGAUGAACGCCGUUGCUUCCAAGAACAUGGAUUUCGCAGCGGCACGCAGGCAGGUGCGGUCCGCUUUCAUCGACUUCCAACAGCAUCUCGAUCAUUUGCUAUUCAAGAUGGCCCCAUCUGGAAUCCGAACAGAGGAGAGCUAUGAGAUAAACUCAAGGGGUUUAGAGAUUUUCUGCAAGAAAUGGCUACCAGCAGAAGGUGUUCCCAUGAAGGGUAUUCUUUGUUUUUGUCAUGGAUACGGCGACACGUGCACUUUCUUCUUCGAAGGAAUAGCCAAACGAUUCGCUGCUGCCGGGUAUGGAGUUUACGCCCUCGACUAUCCGGGUUUUGGCCUCUCCGAAGGUCUACAUGGAUACAUCCCGAGCUUUGAUGUACUAGCUAAUGAUGUUAUCGAGCACUAUACAAAGGUCAAAGGAAGUCCAGAAGGAAGUGGGUUGCCUCACUUCCUCUUGGGGCAGUCCAUGGGCGGAGCCGUUGCUCUCAAGGUUCACUUAAAACAACCACGCGCAUGGGAUGGAGUUAUUCUUGUCGCCCCUAUGUGUAAAAUUGCAGAGGAUGUUACACCCCCAGCAGCAGCUAUCAAGUUGAUGACUCUCCUGUCAAAGGUUCUACCAGAAGCUAAGUUGGUGCCACAGAAAGAUCUGGCAGAGUUGGCAUUUAGGGACCCCAUCAAAAGAAAAAUGGCCUACUAUAAUGUGAUUGCAUACUCUGGUCGAGUAAGGUUAAAAACUGCAGUCGAACUUCUAAAGACCACACAUGAAAUCGAAGCGCAGGUGGAGAAGGUUUCAUCUCCAUUGCUAGUUCUUCAUGGAGCCGCAGACAAGGUGACUGAUCCCCAAAUAAGCAAGUUCCUCCAUGAGAAGGCUAGCAGCAAAGACAAGACUCUAAAGCUAUACCCAGAAGGUUAUCAUUCUAUAUUAGAAGGGGAGCCUGACGAUCGGAUUCUUAAAGUCAUUGAUGAUAUAAUCUCCUGGCUAGAUUCUCGUUGUGAUCUUCCAAAGCAGUAGGUUUGAUUUGGUAGGAAAUUACAUGAUCAUCCAGCUGAGAGUCGGCAGUCUGCUUAGAUUUUGAAUUUGUAGAAAUGGGGCUCAUCGUUCAUUGGUCCAGAUUGUUGGUCUGCUGAGCCCAAUCAACUCCCAGAUUGGAAGAUUCUAGCCACCAAUCUUGGGCCUUUUCUCUGUUGGACAUGAAUUGUUGUUGUAUUUCUCUUCUUGUAAUUAUUCAGUUGAAACGUUAUUGGGAUUCGCCUAUUGAGGAGGUUCUUGGGUCAUGGUGUGGCCUGACAAGAUUAAUGAUCUGGAUCACUGAACCAUGUGUGCUGUUUAUACAAACUGAAAACCUGAGUAUGCUGUUGAAUUAUGGAUUGUGGAUGGUGAAAAAUAAAGAAAUUCAUUGCACUGACUA